GUACAAAGCCUCAUUCAUUCUUCACAACUCACAACACAAGACAUACUCUUUCUUGAAGCACCCAUGGCCACCUCUGCUAUCCAGCAAUCAGCAUUCGCUGGUCAGACUGCUCUCAAGCAGGUCAAUGAGUUCGUCCGCAAGACCGGUGGCUCCGGCAAAGGCCGCACUAACAUGCGCCGUACCGUGAAGAGUGCUCCUCAGAGCAUUUGGUAUGGUCCUGACCGUCCCAAGUACUUGGGACCAUUCUCUGACCAGAUUCCAUCCUACCUGACCGGCGAAUUCCCCGGCGACUACGGCUGGGACACCGCCGGGUUAUCCGCCGACCCGGAGACCUUCGCGAGGAACCGUGAGCUGGAGGUGAUCCACAGCAGAUGGGCCAUGCUUGGUGCCCUUGGAUGCACCUUCCCAGAGAUCCUCGAGAAGAACGGUGUCAAGUUUGGUGAGGCAGUGUGGUUCAAGGCUGGUGCACAAAUCUUCUCUGAGGGAGGCCUUGACUACUUGGGCAACCCAAACCUCAUCCAUGCCCAAAGCAUCCUUGCCAUCUGGGCCGUCCAGGUUGUGCUCAUGGGCUUUGUUGAAGGCUACAGAGUUGGUGGCGGGCCUCUUGGUGAAGGCCUUGACCCCAUCUACCCUGGUGGGGCCUUUGACCCUCUUGGCCUCGCUGAUGACCCUGAUGCGUUUGCUGAGUUGAAGGUUAAGGAACUCAAGAAUGGUCGCUUGGCCAUGUUCUCCAUGUUUGGCUUCUUCGUUCAGGCCAUUGUCACUGGCAAGGGCCCCAUUCAGAACCUCUUCGACCAUGUUGCUGAUCCUGUUGCCAACAAUGCUUGGGCUUAUGCCACUAACUUUGUCCCUGGACAAUGAGGAUUCAGGAUGCCAACAACAUUAUGCAAUCUUCUGCUUUUCAUCUUCCGCUUUUAACUAAUGUAACUACAUCAGCAGAAGAAUCUGUGUCAGAAUCACUAUAUAUUAGAAAUUUGGGUCCCCAGAAAUUCAGAAUAUUAAUCAUUGAGUUGUCUUA